AUGGCCACCAGAUCGUACGCGCCUCUACGGAGGUCACUGGCUCAGUUAUCUGCGCGCAACACUCGCAUUUCUGGCCAUCGCGCUGGAUCUUCAUUCCGUGGCUAUGCCACUGAACAAAAACCGCCUCAGUCGAAGCCAUUCACCGUUUGGAGGCCCUAUCUGAGGCUCGCCUUUGGCGUGCCGUUCAUCGGCGCAAUCAUAUACUCGAUGAUGACCGAAGAUGUCACAGAACUCGAUGCUCCAUCCAUGGUCGAAGUGGAUGAGGCCCUAAAACAAGCGUCGAAAAUCAACGAGUCCUCGCCGAUGCGGUUGCGCAUGGAAAAGCUGAUCAAGCAGCACCAACAAAAGAUCAUUGAAGAACUGGGCAGAAUCGAUGGAAAACAGUUCAAGACAGAUAGCUGGUCGCGUCCCAAUGGCGGCGGAGGUGUCUCGUGUGUGCUGCAGGACGGAAAUGUCUUCGAAAAGGCAGGCGUCAAUGUCUCUGUGGUGUACGGCAAAUUGCCCCGGCCUGCCAUUGAGAAGAUGCGGGCGGAUCACAAGUCAUUCGUUGGUUCAGAUGUAGAUUCCCUGGAUUUCUUUGCAGCCGGUCUCUCCCUGGUCUUGCAUCCUCACAACCCCAUGGCUCCAACGGUGCAUCUCAACUACCGAUACUUUGAGACCUCCGACCCCAGGGAUCCUAUCAAUGGGGAUAAGAACUGGUGGUUCGGAGGCGGCACUGAUCUGACCCCGACCUACCUCUUCCCAGAAGACGCCCAGCACUUCCACAAGACUAUUAAGGAUACAUGCGACCGUCACGACGCCACGUACUACCCCAAAUUCAAGGCUUGGUGUGACAAGUACUUCUACAUUCCUCACCGCGGGGAGUGCCGUGGUGUUGGAGGUAUUUUCUUCGACGACCUCGACGCCAACUUCCUUCAAACUUCUGCUGGUUCAUCCUCCAACCCCCAGGAAACACUAUUCUCCUUCGUCUCAGAUGGUCUGGCGUCUUUCCUACCAUCCUAUGUACCGAUCAUUGAGCGACGUAAGGACGAACUAUACACCCCCGAACAAAAGCAAUGGCAGCAGCUACGUCGCGGCCGCUAUGUUGAAUUCAACCUUGUCUACGACCGCGGAACCAGCUUCGGUUUGCGCACGCCGAACGCCCGCGUUGAAAGUAUCUUGAUGAGUCUGCCCCGUACCGCCAGCUGGGCCUACAUGGACCCAGUCUCCGGUACAAGAACAGAGAGCAUGAAUGUGGAUGAAGAUGAUCUGGCAGAGGACAAGAAGAGUGAAAGAGAGCUUAUGGAUGUGCUGCGACACCCCCGGCAAUGGGCAUGA